AUGGGAUUCCUUCUUGGGGUGAUUCGUAUGCUUCGCAAUCGUCGCGGACAUGAAGGAGAACACUCACAAGGAUCUUUCAGCGUGAGUAUAUUCGAAUCAAAGCAUCUUAUCAUCGGAAUAUACCAUUCCAGAUCCUUCGUCGAGCAUCAACUGCACAUUGCUCAACUUUCUGAAAGGUUCUACCAAUCCAAAGUGGAUAUUGUUGAACCAAAGAAAUCCAAAGGAUUGAGCCGGCAAGAAGCUGCUCACAAACUGAAAACUGAGGGAAGAAAUGCGCUUUCACCUCCAAAAACCAUCAGUAACAUGCAAUUGUUCAUCAGGCAGUUCAAAAAUCUCCUCUGGUUGCUCAUGUUUGGAGCCGCUGCUCUCUGCUUCUUGACCUACAUCUAUGAUCCAUCCGAUGCUUUGAAUCUCUACGUCGGAAUCUUCAUUGUUGCAAUUGUCUUCCUCAUGUGUGUCGUUUCAUUCUUUGAAGAGAAAAAAGGAGUUGAGGUGGUCCGUGCCUUCCAGACCCUCAUGCCAACAUCUUGCCAAGUGAUAAGAGAAGGGAAAGAAAUAAUGAUAAACCCCGAGGAACUUGUUGUUGGUGACAUCGUUGUUGUCCGUUCCGGAUGCAAGGUUCCAGCUGAUAUGAGAAUUAUUGGAUGUACGGAUUUCUUCCUGGAAACUAGUUCGAUUACUGGAGAAGCUGAGCCAUUGGAGUUCAACGCAAAAACUGCCGACGAGAAGACUUCCAUCUUUGAAUCCUACAAUAUCGCAUUCAAUGGAUCAUUCUGUGUGGAUGGAGAAGGAUAUGGAAUCGUAAUUCGCACUGGAGAAAACACUGUCAUUGGGCAAAUUGCUUCUUUGACUCUCGGACAAAAAGACAAGAAAUGUAAAUUUGAGACUGAAAUCGAGCGAUUCGUUCAAUUCAUCACUGUUAUGGCUAUCACCAUGGCCACCAUCAUCUUCACCAUUGGUCUCAUCGUCAACGGAGGAAAUGAUGUCAUUCGUCUAUUUGUUACUGGUUUUUUGAUGGUUAUCAUUGCAAAUGUUCCACAAGGAUUGCCAACCACAGUUACCACCGAACUGACCAUCAUUGCGAGAAGAAUGGCCAAGAAAAACGUGUUUUUGAAGAAGCUUGAAAAAAUUGAUAGUGUUGGAGCCACAACUGUUAUCGCUUCGGAUAAAACCGGAACCUUGACCAAGAACUGCAUGACUGUCACUGAUUUGUGGUACAACAACUCAUACAACAGUGCUCGUCCUGAAAACACUGGACGUACUACAAAGAAGAGGAAUCUCAAUGCCAUGAACACUCUCGGAUGGUACGACGCUCCACUUUCAGACAUCCUAAGUGUUAUUUGUGUCUGUAACAAGGCCAGAAUCGAAAGUAACUUAACGACAAAAGUUCGUCCACCACGAGUUGAUUCUGAAUUGGACCUGACAGUUUACCGAUGUCAACCAGUCAAGGAGAUGUUGAUUUCCGGAAAUCCAUCGGAAGUUGCUCUUCUCAGAUAUGCUUCCGGAAUGUUGGAUGCCAAGGAGGUCCGUGAUAACUUCCAUGUGGUGUUUGAAGUUCCAUUCAACUCGGUCAGAAAGUACCAUCUGAUUCUUGCCACAACAGCCAACACAUGGAACGAGAUGGAUGACAGGAGAAAGAUGAACGCCGAUGUUGAGUUUAUUUUGAUGAUCAAAGGAGCUCCUGAAGUUCUCAUCAAGAGUUGCUCAACAUUGAAUAUCGACGGAGAAGCUAUGGAACUGAAUGAAAAGAGAAUGGAAGAUUUCAACGAAGCCUACGAGACAUUCGGAGAUGAAGGAUGUCGUGUCAUUGGAUUCGCUUGUAAGAAGUUCCGUGCACCAGCCAGCUCGACCUUCUCCAUGAAGUCGAACACUGUUCCAAUGGAUGGAUGGGAUUUCUUGGGAAUGAGUGCAAUUAUGGAUCCACCAAGAGAUGACACUCCAAGAGCCAUCAAAGCAUGCAAGGAAGCUGGAAUCAAAGUUUACAUGGUCACCGGAGAUCACAAAUCAACUGCCACUGCUAUCGCCCGUCAGAUUGGAAUGAUUGAUUCUGAAGAGGUUACCAAUUUGGAUCAUCAUCGUCAGGUCAUCAGACGAACCAAUUCGUCAGACUGGGCAGUCAUCACUGGGCCAGAACUUCCAGGACUCACUGAAAAACAAUGGGAUGCACUUUUAGAACAUCGCUACAUCGUCUUCGCCAGAACAACUCCAGAACAUAAGCUUCUGAUUGUGACGGAGAGUCAAAAGAGAGGAGAAUGUGUAACUGUGACUGGUGAUGGUGUCAAUGAUGCUCCAGCUCUUAAAAAAGCGGAUGUGGGAGUGGCAAUGGGACUUGCUGGAAGUGAUGUGGCAAAACAAGCAGCUGACAUCAUCCUCCUCGACGACAACUUCUCCUCCAUUGUUGCUGGAAUUGAAGAAGGACGUCUUCUAUUCGAUAAUCUCCGCAAGACUAUCGCCUACACCAUGACCCACAUGUGGCCAGAACUUGUCCCAGUAAUGCUCAACUUCUUCUUCGGAUUUCCUCUCGGUUUGACCCCGGUUCAAAUUCUCUCUAUUGACUUGAUCACUGAUAUUCCACCAGCUGUCUCAUUGGCUUACGAAGGACCAGAAGCCGAUAUCAUGUUGCAACCACCAAGAAAGAAGGAGACUCACUUGGUUACCAAAGGACUCAUCACCUACACAUACCUCUUCAUGUCCAUUUUCAUCUCGGUCGGAGGAGUUGUUGCCUAUCUUCUCUCGUAUUACCUCAAUGGGAUUCGUCCAUGGGAGCUUGCCUUCUCUGCCAACGAUCAUUUCAAGGUCGGAGCAUCGAACUUCACAACUGGAAGUGGAAUCGUUCUGGAUGCCGAGCAGCAAGUUCACAUGGCUGCUCAGGCAGCAGCUGCAUUCCACAUCGCUGUGGUUGUCGGACAAGCAUGGCACUUGUGGAUGUGUCUCACUCGUCGUGUCUCGAUCUUCGUCCACGGAAUGGCCAACAUCGUCGCUAUCCUCGCUGUCAUCAUUGACCUUCUUCUCAUCUGCCUCUUCACAUUCGUACCUGGAGUUCAAUAUGUGUUCGGAUCCGCACCACCACCAUGGGAGUGCUGGCUCGUCCCAGUCAUUGUCGGAAUCUGGAUCUGGGUGUUCAACGAGUUCCGCAAAUUUGGAAUCCGCAACUAUCCAAAGAACCCCCUGGUGCAAAUGGUCAAAUGGUGA